UGCGUGUGUGAGAGGAAAGCCAAGAUACAGAAAUGCAGAACCUUGAGAAGGAGAAACCCACCACAGACCAAGUGGUGCUUCACCUUGAACAGCCAAACCCCAAACCCAAACUCUACUUCGAGACAGAGCAGCUCACCAACAACAAAGACGAUAAGUCCCCAAACCCAACAAGAACCCACACCCUCCGUCGCCUCAACUUCUCCAAACCCAAAUCCCGUUUCGUUGAGAUUAAUUACCCACCCCCUUCAAAACCCAUCCCUGAAUCAGAUUCACAAGAACACUUCCUUCCCAACGGAAACGACCUCUUAUCAACCGAUGAUGAUUCCGAUGACGAUGAUCUCUUGAACGAAGAUGAAGAAGAUGAAGAAAACAAUAAAGGAAAGUACCGAAAGAAGAGAAAGAUUGGUAAGAGACUUAUAAUCGAAUGGGUUCUAUUUGUGAUCAUUUUAACUUCCUUGAUAUGUUCCCUUACCAUGAAAUCCCUGAAGUACAAAGUCAAGUGGGGUUUAGUGAUAUGGAAAUGGUGUUUGAUGGUGAUGGUGAUCUUCUCCGGCCGCCUUGUCUCUGCAUGGUUCGUUGGUCUCCUUGUCUUCCUCAUAGAACGCAACUUCUUACUCCGCGAGAAGGUUCUUUACUUUGUCUAUGGUCUCCGAAAGAGUGUUCAGAACUGUGUCUGGUUAGGUCUGGUUUUACUUGCAUGGACCUUCAUGUUCAACCCAGAAGUGGAGAAGGAUAAGAAGAUCUUGAAAAUGGUUUUUAAAUCAUUAGUUGCAGUUCUAAUUGGAGCAACGAUCUGGUUAGUGAAGAUCGUGUUAGUGAAGAUGUUGGCUUCAUCAUUCCAUGUCACUACAUUCUUUGAUCGAAUGAAGGAGAGUGUGUUCAACCAUUACAUACUAGAGUCACUAUCUGGGUCACCCAUGGAUGAAGAGGAGAUAGAGGAAGAGGCUAAGAAGGGAAGAUUUAGAAAGUCUAAAUCAUUACCGGCGAGGUUGAGGGAAGGUGGGAAGAGAGCUAUAAUGGUGGGGACGAGGUCGAAGAGGUAUGGAUCAAGAAGGAUUGAUAUGGAGAAACUGAGAAGGCUAACUAGUACUGCAUCAGCGUUUAACGUGAAGAGGCUAGUGAACUAUGUUAGAUCGUCUGGGUUGUCGACGAUCUCGAGAACCGUCGACGAUUUUGCAAACGCUGAGUCGGAGAUUACUAGCGAGUGGGAGGCGAGGACCUGCGCGCAACGCAUCUUCAAGAACGUUGCCAAACCAGGAGCCAAAUAUAUCGAAGAAGAGGAUCUGAUGAGGUUCUUGAGGAGGGAAGAGGUCCAUACCAUAUUCCCUCUCUUUGAAGGAGCAUUGGAGAUUGGACAGAUCAGAAAAUCUUCUUUCAGGAAUUGGGUGGUAAGAGCUUACAUUGAACGAAAAUCUCUAGCACAUUCACUUAAUGACACGAAGACAGCAGUGCAGCAACUUCAUAAGUUAGCUAGUGCCAUUGUUAGUGUGAUCAUAAUUGUGGUUUCCCUUCUAGUGAUGGGGCUGGCUACAACCAAGGUCAUCCUAGUGGUUACAUCUCAGCUUUUACUAGUAGGUUUCAUGUUCCAGAACACUUGCAAGACUAUCUUUGAGUCCAUCAUCUUUGUCUUUGUCAUGCACCCUUUCGACGUUGGUGAUCGCUGCGUUAUCGAAGGUGUUCAGAUGAUUGUUGAGGAGAUGAAUAUAUUGACAACUGUGUUUCUCCGUUAUGACAAUGAAAAGAUUUACUAUCCCAACUCUGUUCUGCUCACGAAGCCUAUCAGCAAUUUUUAUAGAAGUCCAGAGAUGGCAGACACCAUUGAUUUUACUAUUGAUAUCUCUACAUCUAUUGAGACUGUAACAGCUCUUAAGAAGGCCAUAUAUGCAUACAUAGAGAGCAAGCCAAAGUAUUGGAACCCAAAGCACUCAGUGAUAGUUAAAGAGAUUGAGAACAUAAACAAGAUGAAGAUGUGUUUGUGUGUCCUACACACAAUGAAUCACCAGAACUAUGGCGAACGGAAUAAUAGGAGAACAGAGCUUAUCUUGGAGCUGAAGAAGAUUUUCGAAAACCUUGGAAUUAAGUACCACCUUCUCCCUCAGGAGGUCCAUCUCACCCAAUUUCAUAUGGCCAACGAGAGGAUGCCAAUGCAUUCUUGAUCAUGUGGUGUUAUAAAUUUAUCCAUGGUUUUAACAAUAACAACAACGAUAAAUUCAGCCUUAUAUAUAUAUAUAUAUAUAUAAUGGUGGGAUUGUAAGAGGUAAGGUGUGGUGCAUAUCUUGAUAGUUAAUCAACUUCAUCGUGUAUAAUAAUUUUCAUUUUAUGAAAAAUCUACAUAUGCUUGUUAGUGAUUCUA